AGGGAGCAUGGCCUAUCUCUACUGUGCCAAAAUCUUGUAGCAAGCAAGUAAGACAGAGCGCGAUAGAUUUCGAUCAUCCCCAUCUCUUUCUGGCAUGCUCCGAUUGGCUGAAGGCUCGUCCCCUCUCUUUUAUGAGAGUAUCGUAUGAUACUCAGGCAGACCCCAGAAAUAAGGGGUGCCGAUCGAGUUUGUUUACAUAUUAUACGUGCGAACUGAUGCGAACCAAAAAUAUUUGUGUAAAACGCAAAUGUUUUUAAUUAGUGUCACACAAUGCCAUAUACGUGUCGCGUUCCGAACUGUAAGGCAACUUAUGGGACCAGUGAAACAUUAGACGUUAGUUUCCAUCAGUUACCAAAGAACAAUGAGCGCGGUAAAGAAUGGACAGAAACCCUGUGGAAGAAAUGUAACGUGGAGCUACGCACAUCAGAUCGAUUGUGCAGUAGACAUUUUGAUCGCGUUUGCUUCAGUGUGGGCCCGUUUGGAAAACGGAGACUAAAAUCUGAUGCUGUGCCGACUAUAUUCGACAAUACUUUGUCUGGAGACAAAGUUUCUGAAUCAAUAGAAGAAGCCAUAGAAGUUCCUAAUUCGGAUUCAUCAUCAGUUGAAAAUCCCAAUCAAAGCAUUGAGAUACCUCCAGAAAUAGACUAUGGACAAUCAACUUCAAAUUCUGAAUUGAGUAAAGCUUCUGGAGUGACCAUUAAUGACAUUGAUGAGUAAGAUACGAAUAAAUCAUGAAGAGAAAGGACGUCAAGAGUCGAUAGAUCGGAUACGUAAAGUGUAUUCUCGAAUGAUUGUACACAGGCAUCAGUAAAUACAAAAUUGUUAUUCAAGUA